GCGACGCUGCCAGAGCUUGGGGCCAUGGAGGGGGAGCGGAGGGUUGGAUUUUGCUUUCACUUCGUCCAGUGAGAGCUGCCAGACAGUCUGCUCUGAGCUCCAUGAGGAACUUCCAUCGCUGUGCAUUGUUAAAACUGUGUGGCCUUCCUUCCUCAAAAAAACAAGACACGUCUUGACUUGAAAUGGAAGAUGCAGGAGAACCCCUGGAAGAUGCCCUCCUCUUUGCGCUGGACAACCUCUCUGAGGAGAACUUCAAGAGGUUCAAGAACAAGAUCUGCUUCCUGAAGAUGGAGGGCAGAGCCAAAAUCCCCCGGAACAAACUGGAAAGUGCAGACACAAUGGAUACUGUCUGGCUCCUCUUGGAUGCCUACGGCCAGGAUGGGGCCUGGGAAGUGGCCGUGGCCGUCCUCAAGGCGGUCAGCUUGCGGGAUUCGGCCACCAGGCUCCAGAAAUGGAAACGGAACGAUCACAGGAAGAAAUAUAAAAGCUGUAUCCAAGAGAGCUUCGGGGGCAUUCCUGAAUGUGACUCCCCUUCUUCCGGCCAAGUGGUGAACCUCCCCCAAAGAUACACAGAGUUGCUCUUCUGCAGGAAAUGGGAUCCUCAACAGAGAACCCACAAGGUUGCAGACAUGGAGAGGAAGCGACGGGAGUUGGAGGUUCACCAAGGAGACGGGCCGGAAGAAGUCAGCAUGGAGAAUUUGUUUGGUCCAGACGCUCAGGGGGAAAACUCCAGAACCGUUGUGCUGCUUGGUCCCGCUGGGGUGGGGAAGACCACAGCCCUGCGGAAGAUAAUGCUGGACUGGGCAUCUGGCAAGUUCUGGCAGGAGAGGUACGAGCAUGUCUUUUACAUCUCCUGCAAAGCAGUGAACUAUGGCAAGGGACCCAUGACCAUAGCUGAGCUGGUACACAGCAGCUGCCCUCCAGGAACUCUCCUAGCAGAGGAUGCCUUCAUGAACCAAGACAGCAUCCUCAUCCUCAUCGACGGCUUUGAUGAGCUGGAGACCAGCAGGCUUCCAGGUGACGUUACAUGCAGCGACCUCCACAAAAAGCAGGCUCCCGUGUCUUUGGUGAUGGGUCUACUCAGGAGGAGGCUCCUUCCCAAGUGCCAUCUCAUUGUGGCCACGAGGCCCAUGGCUUUGGGGGCCCUACUGCCAUGCUUGAGGUCUCCGUGGUUCGUGGAAGUGUUGGGAUUUAGACCGGCUCAGAGGGAGGAAUAUUUCCAAUGCUUCUUUGAGGCCAAGGAAGACGCCACUCGUGCCUUUGAAAUCGUGAGAAGGAAUGAAACUCUGUUCAGCUUAUGCUUCCUCCCUGCUCUGUGCUGGAUUUUCUGCACCGCCUUCAGGCGGAAACCCCAAAAGGACCUCCUUAAUGCUAUCCAGGAGACUGCGACUGUCACGGAAAUCCAUCUGCAGCUCCUCUUCAGCUUCUUGGGUUGCAACCCAAAGCUGAGCAACUUGAAAGGUCUCUGCUCCUUAGCCAAGGAUGGUGUGCUCCAUAAGAAGGUAAGCUUUGGCGAAGAAGAGCUGAAAGAACAUUGCGUGGCCUGUUCAGACUCGGAAACCAUUUCUGUCCUCCGGAAAGAUGUCCAUGCGCCGAUAACUUACAGCUUUGUUCACUUAAGUUUCCAGGAGUUAUUUGCAGCCUUGUUCUACCUGCUGGACACAGAUGGGGACUCAUCAUUCAGGAUCCUGAACGAAGGACUGGGAAACAAGAAAGAGUGCAGAGGCAACUCUUUCACGCUGGUGCGUUUCCUCUUUGGCCUCACCAACGCAAAGAGGAUGGACCUCCUGCAAGAAGCAUGGGGCUGCCAGAUAUCCAGGGCCAGGCUCUGGCAGGAGAUGCUGAGAUGGGUGGACCAGGAAGCAACACGUCAGUCCUUUGGGAGAGGGGAGCAGCUCCUGGAGCUCUGCCACUGCGUCUACGAGACAGAGGACCCUCAGUUUGCUGAGAGCAUCCUGAGGCACGUCCAUGACUUGGACCUCCGAGACCUGCUCUUCUCCAAGCUGGAUUUUGCUGCUCUUUUGUUUUGCCUAACAGCUUCUCCCUCUCUCUGCUCGCUUCGCCUCUCUAGCUACGAGUUGGGGCCCACAGCAUUCCGCCAGCUCUUGCCAGGACUGCUGAAGCCCUCGGAGAUCCAGCUGAACCGCUGUGGGCUCCUAUCUGCUGCAGGCCAAGAUCUUUCCUCUGUCAUGGUGGCUAAUCAGUGUCUGACCGGUCUGGACCUGGGUGAAAAUCCACUGGGCGAUUUGGGAGUGAUCCACUUAUGCCAGGGGCUUCUCGAUCCACACUGUCAACUACAGAGGCUCCGGCUACAUUGCUGCAACCUAACGGCUGGCGCAUGUGAGCCCCUUUCAGAGGUCCUGGCAUCCAAGCCGUCUCUCUCUGAGCUGGAUCUGGGAGAGAACAACCUGGGCGAUGAGGGGAUCAGGAAGCUGUGCGAGGGGCUGAAGCACCCACAAUCCAGGUUGCAAAAACUCACGUUGCACCUUUGCGGUCUCACAGCCAGGGCGUGUGAGGAUCUGGCCUCCGUCCUGGAAUCCCACGAGAGCCUGGCAGAGCUGGGCUUAGGGGGGAACAGCCUAGGAGACGUGGGCGUCAGGCACCUGUGUGCCUCACUGGCAAAGCAGCACUGCAGACUCCAGAGGCUGGCACUUACAAUGUGGACCCUAAAUCGCAUCACCCAGAAAAAACUGCAGGCAGCCCAGGCUGCACGCCCGCAGCUGAUCCUGACCUCCUAUUAUCCACCCGGCUGUGCCGCCUUCCCAGGGGACGAGUAAUGGGAUAUUCACACGACUUACCACUCAAGCACCAGCAGAUUGCUUGCAGAUUGUGUGAAACCAGAGCCAAGCACCACCGGUGAUUGCCACCCACCAGGUGUUGAGCUGCAAACAGCCACUUGAACAUUGCACUGCUUACAUGCAUGUGUGAAUUGGCCCAAGACUUCAGCAGUACUUCAUUGUGGCUGGUGACCCUGCCAGGUAACAGCCCCUCUAGCCUGAAAUGGAGAGCAGCAGGCCAUCGAAAUGUCUGACCUACACAGCUGAGAAACAAAACCUUCCAAGCUACCCAAUGACCUGGAUUUUCCAAAAUCAGGUGUGGUGCCUCCAGGGAGCGAGGCAAACGUGGCUUAUUUUUGGCAGCUAUUGGGCUUUUGGCUUUCUGCCUGGACGCUGAGGUCCAGCACCAAGGGCCUUCUGGCGGUUCCCUCAUUGCGAGAAGCCAAGUUACAGGGAACCAGGCAGAGG